AUGGCUUCUGAUCAGCCUUAUGCGUUUUUGAAAACGCAAACUAUCGACAAUCUCCAACUGUUGUCAGAACGCAAUGGGCACAUUACCGUUCACACGUCACUGCAGCUUGAUGGCUCUUACACCGUCCACGCUGCCGAGGCCUAUCGAAACAAGCGUCGCGAGAUACUCUCGGGGAGUGGAAAGACCCUCCUCGAGGCCUUCGAAAGCCUUCACAGAAGUUCCGCUCUAGAGGUGCAUCGAUUCACUAAAGCCAAUGGCUAUGCCUUCCCACUGAGGUCCGCGUCUGGUGAUCACAAUGACGGCGAACCCGACUCCUCCGACACUGAGGCAUCGACUGCCGAUAUAAUAGUCCUCUCUGACUCACCUUUCCACAACGAAGCUGGCACAAGGUGCAGGCCGGGUGAAUCUUCAUCUCGCCGCAGAAAAUUCCGCCAGAAGAAAAAGAAGCUCCAGGGCUACGCCUCAUCCUCCUCCUCGUCAUCUGAGGGAGAGAAAGUCCCAAUCGACUCUAGGCCAACGAAUGUAACGAAGAGGAACCACACCGCUGUGGUUCACACCCCAAGGCAACAAGACCCCAUGCUGCCGACUGUAGCCUUGAAAGCUUACCCUGCCGGUUCAGGGGGGAAGUUGAACGACCUAAAUGGCCACUCGCUCGCAGUUCACGCAUUGCCGCCGCCACCACCACCACCACCACCAAGCAUUCGACCUAUGAUGCAACCACCCCAUCCCCAAAACCUCGCCAGAACGCCUGUCUCAUCGACGCCCACCAAAGCAGUCCGCCUGGUUGUCAAAUGGCACGGUCAUGGUGAUCGUCGAAUUAUCUGGGACUGCAUGCCAAGCUACAUGGCGCUGCAGAGCGCAGCCCUCACCCAUCUGGGUAGAAAGUGGCAAUCGUUUGAUAAUGUAUCCGCGUCAGAGUUCUGUUCCGAUAUGCUGAACAGUUUGGUGGUUAAGGAGAUACGCAUUGAGGUAGGCAACGAGAUGUAUUCCAUCUCGACGGCAGGCGGUGACGACAUGAGUGUGCACUUCAGAACACACAUCAUGCCCAAAUUUGAGGUUAUAGUCGGCCACCAUGGGGGCAUUGCAUCGUCUCCGCCGGCCCCGUAG